ACAGGGUGCACAGUGUAUUCUAAGCCCCACAAGAUGUCGAUUGUGUGUAGGAAGGUGUUAGUACUUGCGCUCACUAUCUCCAGGUGUAGCAGUGAAGGUCCUGACUUAGACUCGGGGGAAGUCGAUGCAGCAGCUAAGCUAAGUCCUAUGGAGAGAGAAGGAGAUGAAUUUCCUCCAGUGUCUACGGGGAAAAUACUUAUCCCAACUUUCGCGUUUCAAAAGAUCAACCUGGAGGCGAUAAGCUGUCAGACUGACGAACAAUGCUACAUACAUCUGCCAAACUUAGACAUCGCUCUUGCAAAAAACAGUAACUUCCCUUCUGCUCCCUAUUGCAACAAGUCAGCAAAUACCUCAUCCCUGGGACACUGCGGAUGCGGUGAAGGGAAAUGUGUCUCUUAUACAAAGGAGUUCGGAAGAGGAACAAUACUGUAUUAUUGCGGUCCCUGUAGCUACGUUGGUGCGAGAUGUAGUGACGACUCUACUUGUCAACAUGAGCUUGCCGAAUGCAGAGACAACUUCUGUGCUUGCAAGAAUGGUGGGGAUUUCUUUGAAUUUUCCUAUUGCGAAGUCCCACAUCUCGGCCUGGAAGUGGCAGUAAACAUGGCCUUCGUCGUGUGUAUUGCUAUCAGCAUCUGCCUCGUCCUGGCCUCCUCGUAUGGUAUCAUUAGCAUGCACCGACUGCGCAGACUCCCGGGGCUGAUACGCUACUUGCAGUCCCAUCAGCGACAGUGUGAGCCGGCUACUGAGGACCUCCCUCCAAAAUACGACGACUUGGUGGACAAACUGCCGUCUUACGAGGAAGCGAUUUUCACGAUACAGAAGAAUCCCUCCGUCGCCGCGGGCCGCAAGAACCUCGCGUUCGACCCUCAAGAGGAGACAGAAGCCCUUCCUGACGUCGACCUCGAAGCGGCAUCGCGUGGAAACCCAGUCGAUCAGAGAGGGAAUUAUUCAGUCCCUGUGCAACCGUAUCAAUCGCAAACCUAUGUCAAAUAUCCCCAAUCCGAUGCAGGGGGAUUGGCUAAGCCUCCUUCGCAUCAUACAGAAUCCGACGUGAAGUUUUCCCAGUCCGAUGCAGGGGGAUUGGCUAAUCCUCCUCCUGGAUUUGGUGUGGAUAAUGAGCUAAUCAAUCCAUCAGCACGAUCUCACUCGACCCGACGUCCCGAUGAAACUCCAAUCCGGGAAUUACUCGUUAAGCACACACAUUCUUGAAAUGUUUAUUAUUGAUGUUAAUAUCAUUCUGGUUGUUAUUGUCAUUAUUAUGCCACUCAUAAAUUCUCUUUUUUAUUAAUCUAUUCAUAAAUCAUCGAUCAUUUCACACGCGAUACAGUGCACGAACUCAUUCCCAUUCCUAUCAUUAAAUUAUAUUGCCAUUGUACAGAGAGGUUUCAUAAUUACUCUGCGUAGGUUAGGGGAAGGAAAAGGAUAAUAGAUAUUAAGGAAAAGCAAUUCAGCGAUAUAUACGCCAAUUAAUAUUCCUGUUUUUUUAUACAAAAAAUAUGUGCUUUUAUAAUAAACGAUAAAUACAGAUA